AAUCUUUUUGUGUUUCAGAGUUUUAAAUGAAACUAUAACAUUUGCACUGCAGUAAAGAGAUCUGAAAUUGCAUCAGUUACAGAAAUAAAUGUUAAAAACUCUCAUAAACCCUCCCAAAAAACUCUAAAAAAGCUGUUUUCUGUAGGAAAAAUUGAGGAUUUUCUGGGGAUUUCUUAAUUAUUUAUUGAGGAUUUUGUGGAUAAAAAUUUUCCUUUCAGUGGAUUUUUGACAAUUUAGAGUUGGGCACCCUGUUCAAGCUCUCCACUACACUCUACCAUGCAUGACAUUUGAGCUUUCUGUGAAGUUUCCCGGCCAUUGCGUCUUUCAGCUUGUUCAGAAUUCUAUCAUAAGAAGCAACAAACAGUCUAAACCCAUUCUCAACCCAUGUGAAGAGUUUGACAAAUACAGGGAAGAGUGGGAAGCCUGAAAAAUGGCGUCGAAUCAAAAAUAUAGUCUGCGCUGGAAUGAUUUCAGUGUUAAUGUUGCGAGCACAUUCCGUGAUCUACAUUCAAGACAGGAUUUUGUUGACGUAACUCUAGCUUGUGCCGACGGUUCAACCUUAGACGCCCACAAGGUUAUAUUGUCCUCUGUCUCAACAUACUUCAGAGAUAUUCUAAAGAAUGCGCCGUGUAAGCAUCCCAUUAUCAUUCUUAAAGAUACCUGUAGGGAGGAAGCAAGUGCAAUGCUGGAGUUUGCUUACACUGGAGAGGUGAAUGUCGGUCAAGAUCUAUUGCCUAGUCUACUCCAUACAGCGAAGUGCUUUAAGAUUAAAGGUUUAGACAACGUUCAAACCCCUCCUGGGCUCUUAGAUCUUAAUACAAGUCACUCCAAUGAUCACGAGUCUGAACACUGGGGAGGAAGUCGACCUCCUACUCGGCCACACACUCCUUCUACUCGCCCUCACACUCCUCAGACUAGAUCACACACUCCUUCUACUCGGCCACACACGCCACAAUCCCAUCCGCACUCUCCCAAUUCCGUCCAUUCCUCCCAGGAUAGACAUGCCCCAGAUCAAACACAGGACGUUAAACCAUUCCUUGACUAUAAUUCCGACAUUAAACCAUUUAGCGACCAUUUUUUAGUCGGAGGCCCGGGGUCUGCCCGGGCACCAGGCAGCCUACCCUCAACCCGACCCUCAACACCCAGCAGACCAUCUUCUCCAACACACAGUUCCAGAACCCCGCCGCACAAACGAUGGAAACGAUCUUUCGACAUGUCCCGAGGUGAUGAGUGCGACGAAAGUGGAUUGACACAGAAUUCUAACGACUUUGGAGAACCCGAGGCUAAAAGAUUUUGUGACGCCAAGAGGUUCAGCACCGAUAGCGAGAGACAAUUUAUGGAAGCGGAUUCGAAUACGCGUCGAUUUGCGGAGCCGAGACCGAUACCCCACAGCAUGCCAGCCAGUCCCACUAUGCUUGAUCAUAGGAACUUCAGUUCUCUCGGUCUCUUGCGGCAUCUUGCCAGAUUAGAAGAACCAAGGGAAGCUCAUGAAAACAGCAGAAUUGAUCAUAAUAACAGGUUGGAGGAGUCGAUUGAGCAGGAUGCUCUUGAUUACCGGUUUCAAGUUGCAAAUCAAACCGAGGUCGAGCUUGAGAAGGAGAAGGCUCGGCACGAAAGGUUGGCCUUUAGACCUGAAUCCGCUCCAACAGUUUUAGACAUGUCCCCGGACACAGGCAGCAGACACAGUAUUGACGGUAUUCAUAAACAAGAGCACGACGAGAGAUUGGUACAUUUCCGGAACAUAGUGGUUGGGAACAUACAACCAGUAUCAUCCCUCUCAGAUAAUUUAUCAGACUGUUUAAACAAGAGCAUGAUGGGAGGAGGCUCAGGAAGAUAUAGUUGUGACGAGUGUGGUAAACUUUUCAGGCAUCCAGGCAGUCUUCAACACCACAGGCAUAUUCACAGGGGCACUCAUAGAUGCCCUUCAUGUGGAAAGGCUUUUUCUCGGCGCUGGGAUAUGGAGCGCCAUCUUAACAAAUCUAAAUAUGGUUGCCCAGCAAACAGAUUCUCUAGCCCAGGGAGCCAGGAACCUGAAAGUCCCAAUGAACAUUCUCUUCUACCUAGCCCCUCCCACCACUCUAUGAUAAAUAAUAGUUCUAGCCAGCACUCUCUUCUAGCUAUCCUACCACACUCACACCAGCAACUCAACACAAACUAAUUAGGCAGUAAUGAUCAGAUAAGAACAUUGCACCACCCCAGUUUUCUUUAUCCAGCAUUAAGAAUAUAUUGUGUGGCAUUUUUCAAGAAAAUGAUAGUGAACAGCACUUCUUGGAGGCUGAUAUAGCUCUAAAAUGCUAGUUUGUUCUAGACCUAGAAAACUAAGACCAGUGACACUGGAUGUUGAUCCUGUUUCUUUUCUAUCUUAUUUGUCAGGAGUAAAUUCAUUGGAGAGAACUUUUUUCUUUUGUAGCUGCUGUGAUUUUACACGGCUCCCUGAUAUAUAUCUAGUGAAGUUAACUUCACUUUGUAACCAUUACUUUAUAUUCAAUUUACGCAGGCAUUAGAUAAAAAUGUUAUAGACUAUUGUUUCAAUUUAGAAUUUUCAAUUGUUUCCGAAUGUUACCUCUAAAAAAUUUAUGUAUAAUAGACCUUAAAACUGUGUAAUCGUUUGUAAAUCGUAGGUCGAAUAUAAUCUAUUAGAAGUUGAAAAAAAAAACACAAUUUUGUCUUUCUUAAUGUAUUCUCAGACCAUGGUUGAAUACUACCCAGGUUUUCGGUUAUUCUAUGUUAGAGGCAUUACCCUUAAUAUUUAUCUGAUAGUUUUUCACAAAAAUUGUAAAUUCUAAGAUAAAACCGUAGGUAUUGACGGUUUAGGACGGUGUGAACCUUCAUAUUCGUUAUAUCUGGGCUUAAUUGUAUUCUUCUUAUAAUCAGUAUUCAAAUAUGUAAAUAUCUUAAAAUUAUAAAGAUCAAUUUUAUAACUGGUGAAAAUACGAGACCUGGGCCAGCCUGUAAGAUCUUGUGUUAAAACUAAAAGUAUAACCAAUUUGCGUAUUUUUCUAAUAGAUUUUCUGCAUUCAGUUUUUGUUUUGAAUAUAAUUGAAUAUUUAUUUGUCGUUGUUUUGCAAACUUAGAUGUCCCCCCCCCCCCUUCUAAGCAUAUUAACAUAUUUUAUUGAGAAUCAGUUUUUAAAACUAGUGAUAAUCUAGUAUGUUUGUUUUUUUGUGCUGUCUUCAAUAAAUACCUUCUAAACUUU